UUUCAGAAUUUCCAUGUUGCGACGUAGCUCGAGGCACGCGGACCAAAGAAAGAAUGGUGCACAGUUGAGAGCAGAGGAAGAAGCCAACAAGGUCAAAUUGAGAUUAACCGCGGAGAAUGAAAAGUUGAAGAGUGAAGUGGAAAAGUUGAAGAAAGAUCAUGAAGAACUGUCAAGGGUUACCCUGAAAGUCAAUACAGAAUUCACUAUUCAAGAAUCACACAUGGCACGAUUACUGCGAGAAAACAUGAGUUUGAAGGAGCAACUUAACGACUUUUCCUUCAAAUUGCGAUUCAGAGACGAUAUGUCUCGCGUCGAAGAACAAGUGAAAAAAGAGCAGGGAGUCACAGACGGGUAUCGAAGGAGAGUGAACCAAUUGACAGAAUUUCAUGUGAAGAGUCAGGAAGAGCAACGAGGAGAACCGUUCCCAUGGAGAACCUGCGAAAUUUGUGCUUGCAAGUUUGAGGGAGAAACUAUGGAUCAGACUCCGCGAGUUUUGGGCUGUGGUCACACGAUGUGCAUGGGAUGUGUUCAAAAAAUUGUCGGGCAAGGGUACAUCAAAUGCCCUUUCUGCCGGAUUGUCACAAAAAUUGGAACUACGCCACUCAAUAAUUUGCCAAAGAACUACAUUGUUCUUAAUAUGUGAAAGGAUUCAAUCUACUGUUUAUUCAUAAUUAAACGUAUCAUCUCACUCAUAAUGAAACGAAAUCUUCAAAUAAAAGUCAUGAAAUCCUUGAAAU